CUUUUAAGUGUGUGGAGAAUCUCCUGAAGUGUUAUUCAACUUAGCUUUCUGAGAAGUCAGACCUAUACACGCAGAUGUCUUUUAAAAUUGUGGUUUGCACCCUGACAAAUGGGAAACUUUUCGGGAGACUCUGGUUCAGAUCCCAGUGUUUCCACCAACUUGUAUACCGUGCCGUGGCAAAAAGUACUCGGCACUUCCAAGUUUGAUCUACAAAACACUAUGUCUGAAAGACAGCAACAACAAAAAUGUGUUCUUCCAUUAAAGAAAUGUGAGACAUACAGAAAUGAAGAAUCCAACGAUGGUGGUAACUCACCUCAAGGAAGACAGAGAGUUUGGAGUUCUUUGCGAGGUAAUUUUGGCAAGAGUAACCCCCAAUAUGAACAUGGUGGAUAUGAGCCUCAGCUUUCACACCACCAGGAGGAUGAUGGAAAUGUGAUGAUGAGGAAUGCCCAGGAGUACCCCCAAGUAAGACACACUUUCUAUAGCAACCAACAGAACAAGAGGAGAGUGAAAUGGCAUAAUGAAGGCCAUAUCCAUGUUACUGUGUGGAGAGAUAGAAAACCUCUGAAGAGAGAAAUGAGGGAGAACACACAAGAUGGAACCCCAGGGAGCUGGUUCAAGAUCACCAUUCCCUAUGGGGGAAAGUAUGAGAAGACAUGGCUAGUGAAUUCAAUCCAGGACCAUUGCAGUGUCCCUUUCACUCCAGUGGAUUUUCACUAUGUGAAAAAUGAAGCUCGGUUCUUUGUCCAGGAUGCUGGCAUUGCCUCUGCAUUGAAAGAUGUCAGCUACAAGAUAUGUGAUGAGGAGAGCCAAAAGAUAUCGAUCUUUGUCAAUCCCUCUAAUGAACCCUACUCUGUGCGGUAUAAGUUGAAGCCAGAAGAAAUGAAGCAGCUAAAGCUGACCAUGCACAAACGCUAUGAUGUCUCCCAUGAAGCUCUUGACCUCCAGAGUCUCCGCUUUGACCCAGACUUGGUGGGCCAUGAUAUUGAUAUAAUACUGAAUCGAAGAAACUGCAUGGCUGCCACCCUGCAGAUCAUUGAAGAGAAUUUCCCUGAGCUGUUGUCCUUGAACUUGAGCAACAACAAACUAUACCAGCUGGAUGGCCUGUCUGACAUUAUACAGAUGGUCCCCACAGUCAAGGUCCUGAACCUCUCCAAAAAUGAGCUGACCUUGGUGUGGGAGUUAAACAAGAUGAAAGGGCUGAAGCUUGAAGAGCUUUGGCUAGAAGGGAACCCUUUGUGCGACACCUUCCCAGACCAGUCCACCUACAUAAGUGCCAUCAGGGAAUGUUUCCCCAAGUUGUUACAUCUGGUAAGUGCCUACACUCAUCAUUGUCUCUUACUAACAUUGAUCAUCUCCAUAUCUGCCCUCAAACUCAUUGGAUGGCCAGACGUUACCCCUGCAAUUAUUGACACUGAUGCCCCAUACUUAAUAAAGUCCAGCAAGGAAAGCUCCAGAGGAUCUGAGAAACUAAAGAGUCUAAUCCUGCAAUUUCUUCAGCAGUACUAUUUGAUUUAUGACUCUGAAGACCGCCAAGGUCUCCUCUGUGCUUACCACUACAAGGCCUGCUUCUCCCUGACCAUUCCCUUCAACCCCAAAGACCCAGCCCCAAGCAGCUUAUGCAAGUACUUCAAGGAAAGCAGGAAUAUGAAGAAGAUCAAGGACCCCUAUCUGCGUGUUCAGCUGCUGAAGCAUACAAAACAUGACAUUGUGUGCUCCCUCAGCACACUGCCCAAAACUCAGCAUGACAUCAGCUCCUUCGUGGUGGACAUGUGGUUCCAUACGGAGAUGAUGCUCUGCUUCUCUGUCAAUGGGGUGUUCAAGGAAGUGGAAGGAAGGUCUCAGGGUUCUGUUCGCGCCUUCACCCGGACCUUUAUUGCUACACCUACCAACAAUUCCAGUUUAUGCAUCGUGAAUGACGAGCUGUUUGUGAGAGAUGCCAGCCCAAAUGAGACUCAGAGUAUGUCCUCCAUCCCAGUGUCCUCAUCCACUUCCAGCUCUGUGUUCAUCCUCUCCAAGGAGCAGCAGGAAAUGGUGCAGGCUUUCUCCACUCAGUCUGGGAUGAAACCCGAGUGGUCUCAGAAGUGCCUUCAGGACAAUGAGUGGAACUACACCAGAGCUGGUCAGGUCUUCACUAUGCUCAAGAAUGAGGGAAAGAUCCCAGAGGACGCCUUCAAGCAAAUCGCCUAGAAGAAGCCUUGGAUGUCCACAUCAUCUUGGUUGUCUUUACUCCAGCCUAAGGUCAUGUUCAUGGCUGGGGAUGGAGGCCAGGCUAACCAUGAAACCAAAGUUAUCUUUAACUAGCAGGCCAGGUGACAUAACCACCUGAAGUAUUAGUUGUUCUGUGUAUUUCCCCCACUCGUGAUUUCUGUUUAUCUUCAUAAUAAAGAGUGAUGCUGCAUGUUG